AAUUUUAGCUCCAUUAUUUCGUUGUAAAAUAGUAAACAGCAUUACAAAUCUAGGAUGAGAAUAACAGUUGAAAUGUAGAGCAUCCGUAGUAACAACUCCUAUCCUCACCCGAUUCCUGAUUCAACACACUCAACAUCGUUUCAACAUCUAUACGCUACAUAUUAUAAAGGGAUCUAUCAACAGUUGAACAGAAGUUGCGUGGUCUGCAUGUUGGACGAUCAGAUGAGAAUUUCUAUACCGAGAUGUGGCUUGCUGAAGUACAUAGUCUGGUUUGCAACUCUUGCGUGCACAGUAACCGGUGUCUUAUGUCUACUCUACCUACACAUUACUGCUAACGUUAAUCGACCUCCCAUUGAGUUGAAGCCCCAGGACUUCCAGUAUGGAGUUAUGUUAGACGCUGGUAGCUCAGGAACAAGGGUAUAUUUGUACAAGUGGCCUCCGGGACACACCAACGGCCUGCUCCGAAUAGAACAGAUGAAAGAUAAAGCGGGGAAGAUUCUUGCUAUGGUAACAAGCCCUGGUCUGUCUGCUUAUGCGGACAACCCUCUAUCCGCCUACAAGUCUAUAAAAUCACUCCUUCUCUACGCCUCACUCAAUAUACCUAAUGGGAAACACAAGGAAACCCCUCUUUACAUUCUCUGCACUGCUGGUAUGCGAUUGUUACCAGAAGAAAAAAGAAACAACAUUAUGAACAUUGUAGCGUCCAACAUACGUCAACAGUUUGAUUUCUUCUUCAAGCCAUCUCACAUUGAGGUUAUAGACGGUCGUAUGGAGGGAGUGUAUGGUUGGAUAGCUGUGAACUACAUGUUAGGACGGUUUGAUCACGACUUUGUGGAGCACCAGCGCCAACCAACUGUGGGGGCACUUGAUAUGGGAGGCGCUAGUACUCAGAUUACUUACGAGGUACCAAAGAGUGAGGAACUUCCUUCAGAACUCUCAAUGGAUAUAGAUCUAGGCUGUCACGCUCACCCCGGCCCCAAGAGCCACACAUACCGCUUAUACGCUACCACAUUCCUGGGAUUCGGAGCUAACGAAGCUAGGAAACGAUACGUGGACAUGUUGCUGGACCAGAACCAGGUGAAUCCAGAUCACGGACUCCACUACGUAUCAGAUCCCUGUUUACCCAAAGGAAUGUUGGAAACACAAAGUAACCACCUGUUCCACCACGUGACCUUUAAGGGUGAGGGUAACUUUACCAAGUGUAGGGAGAAACUGAACCCACUCCUCAACAAGCCCAACAGUUGUCCUAGAUCUCCCUGUAGUAUGAACGGUGUGUUUCAACCUCCUAUCAACUUCUACGAUCAGGAAAUGUACGGGUUCUCUGAGUACUGGUACACACUAGACGAUAUAUUGCACGUGGGCGGUGUCUACAAGGAGGAGAAGUUCAUGAGAGCAGCUAAAGAGUUCUGUGCUACAGAUUGGCAGAUUCUGAGUGAUCGGUUCAAGUCAGGAGAGUUCCCUGCUGCUGAUCAACAUAGAUUCCAGUAUCAGUGCUUUAAGAGCGCCUGGGUUUUAGCUAUCCUUCACGACGGGCACCACUUCCCAUCCAAUUAUGAGAAAUUCAUCUCAGCUAAAACGGUGAAUAGCGAGGUGAUACAGUGGACGUACGGAGCUAUGAUCUACAGGACCCGUUACUUACCGCUCCGGGAGGAGGGUGUUGACAAGGUCGUCUCUAUCUCUGUCUCUAAAGCUGAUGCGCUGUCUUACUACGCUGCCCUCCUCUGUUUCUUGGUCGUGCUCUCAGCUAUAAUAUACUGGGUAUACAAGCUGCGUAAGAUGAGGAGCACUACAUUCCUCCCCACCACUCUAGCUGACCUCCACGAGUUCACACACAAACCUGCUAAUCAUUACACGGAGUUUUCCAACCCUAAAAUAAACUUUAACAACGUGUGUCUUCCUCCGCAGAACUCUGCGCGCACCUUGGAGCCCCGAGGAUCAGGGCUACUUCCCCGGACCUUCAGUGAUUCGCUGUUGAACAGGGACUUAGGGGGUGGUAAACCUCCUAUUUUACUAGGGGAUUAGGACUUGUUUUAGGUACGGGGUAGUUUUCUUAAUUGUGGGAUUAGAAAUGGAAUUAAUUUAGUUCACGGAGUGUGUAGAAUAAGAAGACCUGAAUUUUAGAUUAAUAGGAAAUGUACCUUUUCCAGUAAGUGCGAAGUAGCGCAAUAUUUAGCUCUCUAUUAUCACUUGGGUGACGGAGAUGUUACCCCAAAUCUUUUACUUCAAAUUUCAAUAAAGGGUUAUUAAAUUGAGUUGUUAGUUUGAUGUUGACUCAUAUUUAUAAUGAACUGAAUUAUAAGAGUUGAAUCAUCUUGUUUGGAUGGAUUCGUUGAAAAUACAUCAAUGCGACUCGUUUUCAUUUGAGAUGUAUUUUUGUUUUAUCUGUAUAGUUUUUAUCUUAGUCCUUUGAUCUGACCACUUACUUUGCUCAAGGUUCGAGUGAUCUAUCAUGACGUGUUAAUGUUAACUUUUCUUAUAUUAUUGGAGUUUCACCACGGUGGGUAAAUACUUAAUAGGUUAUGAUUUGAAUUGGGUUGUUAUAUUUUAAUUUAAAUGAUAAAUAAAAAUCGGAAUAUUGAAACAAAUUUAUAAGAUUUACAGUUAAAUUCUCAAUCGAUUUAUGUUGAUAUUGUAGGGAAUCGGUGCCCAUAUCAAAUAAAACCUAUUUUUAUGACAGCAACCUCACUCCGCUAUAACAUUUUCAGCCAUUAAGCAUAUUCUAUUUUUAUGGCUGCUCUAUCAUAAACAUCCAAUUCAAUUUCUCAAACUUUAUGGGCACCAUAAAGUAAUUAAAAUCUUUCAAAGUAAUUAAAAUCUGUGGCAAAAGUACACCGUGGAGCAUGCUAACAGUUUUUGGUUGAAUAAUAAUAUUGCGGGCAAUGUUAAUUUGUUUUGAAUUAUUUCAUUAAAUGUAAACAGCUGUAAUUUAUCAAUAAACAUUCUUGGUCUAU